CGAAGGAGAACUUUUCUAUGUUGUUAAUGUAUAGUGCUGGGGUUUAUGCCGAUUGCGCUGAUUUGGAAGUUCGAUUUCUCGCCGUUUAUGAUCCUGGUCAUUGCCAUUCUCAACGACGGCACAAUCAUGACCAUCUCCAAGGACAGAGUGAAGCCAUCCCCACAUCCAGAUAGCUGGAAGCUACUGGAGAUCUUCAUCACCGGCAUCGUCUAUGGUGCCUACCUUGCUGUGUUGACCGUGGUGUUCUUCUUCGCCAUGACUAGCACCGACUUCUUCAGCGAGAAGUUCCACGUGCGUUCGCUAAGGAGCAACAAGGACGCGAUGAUGUCUGCCCUCUACCUUCAAGUGAGCAUCAUCAGCCAGGCCCUCAUCUUGGUCACCCGGUCGCGCCGCUGGUGCUUCCAGGAGCGCCCGGGGCUCUGGCUCUGCUUCGCCUUCGUCGUCGCGCAUAUCGUAAGCCCACCCCACCCGGCCUCACUCCAACAAUGGAGUGCGCGCGUUCAUAUUCAGUUGUAGCUGCAACAAUACCGAAGGAGAACAGAACAAAUCAAUGAUAAAGAUGGCGUCGACACUCUUCA